CUGGAGAAGCAUUUCUGCUGGCAGUCACCUGCUUCUGUGGGGGCUGCAGACACGACCUACAGUUGUGCCCAGCUACCCUGAGAAUAACUGCUAUCCACCUGUCCGGGGACAGGACAGCGUCUGGUGUACACGGCAGUUAGCAAAGAGCAGGCCUAUAUGUCUGUGCCAGCCUACAGCUUGGAGGCAUGUAAGGACAACAGGCGUGACACGACAAGACGAGUCUUAAGGAAGCAGCGCAUAGAGCUCUCAAAAGUUGUGGCAUACUGAUCCGCAACUGUCUAGGGAUUUCUUGAGAGUGUAUAUAUUCCACAGAAGAGUGCAGUGCCAAUGUGAAGUUGGAGGAACAGGCUGUGGAGCACUAAGCCUCCCAUGGCUGUUAGCACCAUGGACUCUAAGUCGGCCCAGACAUCUCAGCCUCAGGCUGCCCUGACUAAAGGAGGCCACUCCCUGCUGCCUGCUGGGGUUCUGAGUGCCAAGCUGGGCAAUCAUGGGAGGCACUACGUCUGUGGCUCCAUUGCAGCUUUUACCAACAUUGUUGUGACCUUCCCCAUCCAGAAGGUGCUGUUCCGCCAACAGCUGCAUGGCGUGUCGGCCACUGAGGCAGUGCGGCAGCUCCAAAGAGACGGACUGAGGAAUCUUUACCGGGGCUUGCUGCCUCCGCUACUCCAGAAGAGCACUACAGUGGCCAUCAUGUUUGGCCUGUAUGAGGACUUCUCUAGAGUCUUACUAGACAGGGCCGUUUGCACCGGCGUGCCGGAGCUGGUUACCCGAAGCUUUGCUGCAGCGUUGGCAGGAACAACAGAGGCCUUACUGACUCCAUUUGAGCGUGUACAGACUCUCCUACAAGACCAUCGGCACUAUGGGCGCUUCAAUAACACAGCUCACACGUUCCGAACACUUUUGUCUGAGUAUGGUGUCAGAGAGUGCUACCGUGGCCUUGUGCCCAUACUCCUCCGUAACGGCCCAAGCAACGUGCUCUUCUUUGGGCUCCGCGGGCCCAUCAAGGAGCAACUCCCAGAAGCCACUAGUCGAGCAGGUCACCUGGUUAUUGAUUUUGUUUGUGGAGGGUUGUUGGGGGCGGGCCUUGGCAUCAUGUUCUAUCCAUUAAAUGUGGUAAAGUCCAGGGCUCAGUCACAGGUUGGUGGAGCCUUUCAACCUUGCAGGAAGGUGCUGCUAACAGUGUGGAGAGAAAGGGGUGGUAGUUUGGCCAUGCUGUUCAGAGGGGCCCACCUCAACUACCACCGUUCACUCCUCUCCUGGGGGAUCAUUAAUGCCACCUACGAGCUGUUAUUGAAGAUCAUAUGAGGGUGGGGGGUGGAGAUGAGAUGUAGAGAGAUUGAGCAUGUGUAUAUAAAGGGAAAAACCUGUAUGGAGUGAUACAACCCAUUUGUGGAGAAGAUAGGAAAUUGUAAAGUAAAGCUGAUGCACUUGCUGUCUGGCACUGCUUUUGGGAUGCUGGAGUUUCCGUGACUGAAAGACAGCAAUUAAGUUGCACUUCUGACUGGGGCCAACAGUUGGUGUAAGAUAAAACUGCCAUUGUUACUAUUUACUGUUGUCAAGGUAUUAAUAACAAAACUCACGCUUUAGCCAAUACGAAACUUGUGCCAGGGUCCAAAUGAAAUACCCCUAUUUGCUCUAUAAUUCUAAAAUGUAGGGAGCAAACAGAUGCUUUCCUCCCACCAUUUCAAGCAACGAUUAUAUGUCUGGAUUAAGUGUUUUGUGAGAGAAGCUUAUUCUUCAUGUGUGCUGUGGUGUGUCUUCUUGACAAUGUCCAUCUGCUUGUUCGACCAAGAGCACUUCCUCUGUGAGGCUGUUUUCUGCCAGUGAAACACUUUUGUACUUUUGAAAUACAAUAAGAUACAUUGGCAAGUAGAACUCUGGCUAUUUCAUUUCUCUUUAUGCUCCAUCUCCCACCUAUUUAACCCAUAUGAUGAUGAGAUCAGAACACUAAUUCUUUAGAAAUUAUUAAAAUGAUCAAAAUCUGUGUUGUUCAUAUUAGAAAUACUGUCCAGCAGACACAGGCGGGCCAUUUAAACAGGUAAUCCUCACAAGAUUGCAACUAUAUGUCUCAGCUUAUUUUAUGAAGUGCUACUGGCAGGGUGUAUGUGUAAUUUGAGUUCUGACAAGUGCCCAUUGAUGUAUAUGUGAGUAAAAUAUACAUUUACACCAACUUCUUGUGUGUUUUUAUGAUUUUUUGGAAGGGAGACAAAUUAUAUUGAAUCUGUUCAAAGAAAUAAUCCCAGCUCUUUAAUUUUUUAAAAAUCCUUUUCCUGCUCCAGAAAAAGAACUUUGAUAUCUGACCUUGCACCGUCAAUGCAUUUGGUAAUUUUUGGUUCAUUUAUUAACUAUAAAACCAAAUGCUCCUCAAUGUUUGUUUCCUUUUCUAUCAAUUGUUUUAUACAUGUGUCUCUCUUCCUCUGCUCACUCUUGUGUAUCUUUGCCUAUCUCACGCUUGCGCUCCUCUCUGUCUGUAACAUCUGUUGACAUAAUGGGCUCAGAUUUCAAGCUCGAGUAGAUGCAGUCACCACGCAGCAGCUCUUUUGCUGGGGACGACAGCCCAAAGAGGAAAGGCAUGCUGCUCGGACACAGAGAGAGACUGAGCAGUAAUGGUGCAGAGAGAAGAAGGGGGCAGAGGGUUAUGUUCAGUGGCACAAAAAGCUCAAGCUGCCAUGUAAAUGAAUCACUUAGCCUAUUUUUCCAAUUCUUUUCAUUUUGACUGUCUGCAGUGUACCGUUUCUUGUGAUCUUUUCAGGAUUUUUCCUCUCCGAAAAUAAGACUUUGUAUUGAAAGAGGUUUUCUAAGUGGGGCUGCAUCACUUACAUGAGGUAAUGCUGUUGAUGAAUGCAACUUCCCCUGAAGCACAAGUCACUGAAUCACUAUGAAAAUGUCAAAUUAUCAUAUGCAACUGAAAUGUUUCAACUCAAUCCAUUAAAAUUGUUGACAGUGAA